CGUUCGGUAAUGCAUGUGUACAUAUCCCUAUAUAUAUAGAUAUUUGAUUUGCAUCUCAAAUGCGCAUAUAAGCCUCAACGAAGAACAAACUUAAGUUCAUAUCAUUUGCAGCUUGUUAACAUGUUACGACGACCAAUACCCAUUGAAAAGAUGGUGCAAGAGUUCAAGAAGAAUCACCCAAAUUCUCACUUGCUCAAGAUAGACAAAUUCUCUUUACUCGCAAAGUAUGGGGCUGCUGCUCGUGUCGAAUCUUCUGUUUUUGAGAUCUGUGGUCGCAAAUGGAAAAUCAAUGUGGAGUAUGACAAGGAUGCAGAGCAUGUCUCCAUUUACUUAGAGAAUCAAGAUCCAGUAAACGUUAAGCUCAAGUUUCAAGUCUAUGUCGUAAGUCAGUUAAAGCCAGAAUGGUACCCCAAAAACAAUGUAAUAAUGGAAUUUGAUGCAUCACCAAAUCCGACUCUACAAGGAAUAAAAUUGAUGUCACUGUGUGGUCUUAAGAGCAAAGGGUUUCUUAUUGAAGAUUGUUGUAUGUUCGGUGCCACUCUUCCUGACCAGGAAACUGAGAGACCUGGAACAGCUGAAUGUUAUAGCCUAAUUGAGAAGCCUCUCAAUGACAAAGUCACUUGGAUGAUGACCAAGUUCUCCUCUUUCGACCCUGAAAAGGCUCAUCUCUCCAAUCCGUUUGUCGUUGGAAACCGCAAAUGGAGAAUUGAAGUUCAUCCAAGAGGAUAUAAAAGGGGAAAAGGCGAAUCAUUCUCUGUGUAUUUAGUGGGAGAAGGGUUUAUCAACAAUGAACCAAAGGCAGAGACUUUCGUGAAAUGUAAGCUGAGAGUAUUGGAUCAAGUUAACCGCAAUCAUGUUGAGAAAACAGCUUCGUAUUGGGUUGAUGCAGAAUAUGAUCGCGAUAAUGGUUUUGAUGAGUUCAUGCCUCUGUCGAAACUUUGUGAACCUUAUUUGGUGAAGGAUAAGCUUUACGUGGGAGUUGAGUUUGAAGUCAUUUCUGUGACUAAAUAUGUAUGAACAUCCUCCUAUAUAUGUGUGAAGGAUCGAACACUAGAAUAAAAUAAGAAAUAUAAUGUUAUGUAAUGUAAUAAAUCAAAAUGCUGGAGAAUAUGGUUUAUGUAGCGACACAGCCUGAGGACGUGGAGAUGCAAUAAAUAAUCUCUUUUUUUUUUUUGUAAUCCUAAUCAAUAUAAAAAAGGAAGAAACAAUCUGCUUCGAGGAAUCAGAUCUUCCUGCUUUGUAUUUGCUUCCAUGUUUAUAAAUAAUACACUUUUAUGUCAUCAAA